GAUAACUGGCGCAGUCGGGAUGUUUGUUUCUAAAGAACAAAACAUAAAAGAACCAUUGGAAAAACUACAAGAACAUUAAUAAUUAAUAAAUUCAAAAACAUUUCGAUAAGUGAAAAUUUUGUUCUGAAGAACAAAACAUAAAAGAACCGUUGGAAAUGCUACAAGAACAUUAAUAGUUAAUAAAUUCAAAACGAUUUUAAUAAGUGAACAAUUUUGUUCUAAAGAACAAAAGAUAAAAGAAUCGUUGAAAAAAUAUAAUAACAUUAACAAUUAAUAAGUGCAAAAACAUUUUAAUAAGUGAAAAAUUGUGUUCUAAAGAACAAAACAUAUAAGUAAAGAAAAAAAAAACAACUAAAUAUUAAUAAAAUAAAAAGAAAGAAAAAGUGAAAAAGUAAGACAUAAAAUAUAUAAACAUUUUGGAAGUCUAUGUCUACAAAAAAAAAUAUCGCAUUUGAAAAAAAUAGAAAAAUGGAUAACCUCGAAGAAGUAAUAAGUCGACAAGAGGAAAUUAUCCAACAGUUGCAACAACAAAUGGAGCAGCAGCAGCAACAAAUGCAACUGCAGCAACAACAAUUACAAAUCCAAAUGCAACAACAACCACAAAAUGAACGUCCACAGCAGCAACAAAAUAAUGGGUUAACACUGAAUUUGUGUCCGAAAGAUAUACUCGAACAAUUUCGCAAAUUAAAACCACUAGAUAAAAACCACAAUCCAAGGGCAUUUACACGAUCAGUGGAAUCUGUGAUCGAGCUUUGUAAUGGGAAUCAGGAAAUCUUGAAGUAUGGCCUAAACAUUGUCGCCAACGAAAAAAUUCAAGGAGACUACGGAAAGAGGAUCCGGAUGCUGGAGAUCGGAGCAGCAUGGAACAAAUUGAAGAAGGAAAUCCUGAUCAGCAGCCAACCAAUGAAGACGUAUGCCGAAAUUUACAAUUUUUGCAGAAAGGCCCUAAUAAUGGUACUUCUCCUAAUGUCUCUAGUACAGUUGAGCCAGGCAACUCCGUUGAUCAGCCAAAUCAAUGAAAACCAUGGAUUUAUUGAAACUAAAACCGGUGACGUGGAAUUGGUGAACGAAACAUAUACAAUAAUCCAUAUAAUAAAUAUAAGUGAAAUAGAAGGAAUAUUAAACAACAUCAGUAUAAACAUAGCAAGUCUAGAUCUUAAUAGCAACAGCGUUCUCCAAAACGAAAUUAAUCUUAUUAGAUCAAAAAUUAAAACAUUACUGCCACCGGACAGUUAGCUAUGGUUGUCUGGAACAAUGGACGAUGAGGACAGGCAGGAAAUAUUUGCCCACUUAUCCAUCAUCGAUCAAAAUUCACACAAUAUUACAGAAAACGUUAAUAAACAAAUUAAUAUCAAUGAUUCUCUGAACAAGUCAUUGGAACAUUUGAAAACAGCAGUAGAUAAUGAUCGAAAGGAAAUAGAAUCGUCAUUUAAUGAGCUAAAAGAACUUAAUAAUAACUUUUUAAUUAAACUAUUUUAUUUAGAUCAGUUUUCAAAACUUAAAACCCUAGAGCAUAAAAUAGAUCAAAUACAGGACAACAUAGUAUCAGCUAAAAAUAAUUUUAUACAAUCAAGCAAUUUUACGUCACAAGAGAUUUUAUAAUUUCAAAUUGAUUUUUACAAAUUAAAACGGUUGAAAGUGGGUAUUAUACUUUGUAGAGACGAUUUUUUAGUUAUAGCUAUAUUAGUACCGGAAAGUUUUAUAAAAGCGGAACUUAAAACUAUCGUUCCUAUUCCAAACAAUAAUAAAAUAGAGAUAGACUCUGAUGAAGAGACAAUAAUUAAUAUAAACGGCAUUCCAUACAAAUAUGAAGAAAAUGUAACUAAGGAAGAGCAAGCAUUGCAUUUUUUAUAACAGGUGUUGAUAUAAAUUUAACAAUAUGACCUCAAUUUUUAGUGUUGAUAAUGACAUAAUAAUUAUAAAGAAUGCCUUCGCUGAAAAACUAAAACAAAACUGUGACGAUAGGGUACUAACUUUAACUGGUAAUUAUUUUGUUAUUCUUAAUAACUGUAACUUAACCUUCCAUAAUGAAAGUUUCUUGAACAAAAUAGUAGUAUAUGAAGACAAAUAUUUUUAUCAGAAUAAUCAAAAACUUGAACUACCAAAUGUAAACCCAAAAUUUAACAAGAUUACAAUUGAAGACUUUGAAAGUUAAAGUGAAAUCAAAGAAAUUAAAUUAAAUAAAAACAUAUCAAUUGGAAUUGAUUAUAAUUGUAAUAAUUUUAAUUAUUUUUAUCGCAUAAUAAACAAUAAGAACUUUCUUAAAAUUAAUAUUGAUAAUCAUAUAAAACACUCAACAAAAAGAAAUGAAAUUAGUUUAGAAGAAAUAACAAAAAAUAUGUCUCAUAAUUCUUAAUUAAAAUAAGAAUAUGUAAUUUGCCUGUAUGUUAAUUAAGUUCAGUAUGAAGACUCAUAUGUAUAAAAAAAGAAAUCCAGGAGUAUUUCUGGCAAGGGGUGGAGGAGUUACGUCCCGGCCAUUGCCACUUAUUUUUUAUUGAAUAAAGCAUAACACAAAAGUUCCAAAUGAUAUUUGAAACUUUUGUUUUCGUAUCCACAUUCCCAGACAAUCAUUCGAUGCAGCGUCAGCAAAACCCUGUCGCUACAUUUAAUCACAAAAUAUUAAAAGCAACAAAUAAAAUUCAGUCUUAAGACCAC